AUGACUAAUGGUAACGACAAUAACGAAGGUGCGCAACUACCUUUGGAAUUACAAAAAAUUGAAGACAGUCUAAACUCGAGACAGAGAAGAAGGUAUGACUUGGUGACCUCCCACGAGUCGAAAGUCGUGUUGUUAGAAUGUAUUUUGGAGGAACGUAGAAAAUCA